CAGAAAGUGAGGGACGCGCGCCGCUUGCGCAGCAGCCAGUACACGCUCUCUGCCUCUCUCUACUGCAACAAUGACCCGAGCCAGCUUUUAACUCUUUUAUUAUUAUUAUUAUUAUUAUUAUUAUUAUUAUUAUUAUUAUUAUUAUUAUUAUUAUGAGAGAAUGCUCUUGAACUGACGACUGGAUACGUUUGGAAAUAUUUGUGUUGGAUAUUCCGGCACACAAUCGGAGAAGGAAACGAUGUGGACAUUCAGACGCUACGACGGAUGACAUCCGGCUUAAAAUGAACACAGAUGAUCAGAAGCAACUUCAAACACCUCAAUCAAAGAUCCAAAGUCAUCUAGCCAUCACCGUAUGUUCCAGCUUCAUGUCAAGACCUUGCCCGUCCUCCCGAGGUCCUAAACCUCCAGUUGCUCCAAAGCCAAAUCUCUCCACUCAGCAGGAAGGUGAACACAGCCAGUGUAUUGUUAGCAAUGGAGAUGUUGCAUCAGAACUGGAAUUGGCGCAGGACAGUGAAUCAGAAUCCACACAGGAUGAAGCUGAGCCACCAGGAGAAACCCACAAAGAGUUUUUUUCUGAACAGUUAAUUAAGAACCACAACAGCAAUGAUGGGAUUGAUGAUAAAGAAACAGACGAACAGAUGGGAGUAGAAGUAAGAGAUGAAAUAAAUGCAGUAGAAGAAGAGAGCCACUUUGAUGUAGUUGAUGCAGGUUCCUUGAAUGAAGUCAAAGAUGUUAUUGUAACUAGUGUAUCAGUUGCAAUAGACCACAUCAAAGAAACAGAUGAUAUAAAACCACAACAAGGCACAGGUGAUCCUGAUGAUACGGCAGAUGAUCCUGCUGAGAAAGAGACUGCCAUGGAGUAUCAAACAGGAGAUGAAUCAGAGGCUAACAACAGCACACUGAGCCCUUAUGAAGAAAUUGAGGAAUGCACCUCAAAUCAGGGGAGUACAUAUGCAGAGAUAGAUCAUGCCGAGGACCUGAUGUCAGACACUGCUGAUAAUACAGAGGAGCCAUAUUUCAAUGAGAGAGAGUUCCUUUGUGGAACCCCAAUUGAUACUACUUCUACUAAAUUAUGUGAAGAGGGCACAAAUUCAAAUGCAGAGGGCAGUACUGAGGAGGCGUCAAAUGCAAUGGCUGGAUUUACUUCCCAGACUAUGAAUGGCAGUGAGUCCUCCCUGUGUGAGGAGUACCCAUAUGAUGUAAUUGGACCUCUGGAUGACAACAGUGUGUGGCAGCCAGAGCGUGCCACCAAAGACGAAUCAGGACGUUUCAGAUUCUCAGAAGGAGAAGAGGAUGGAUUUGAGCCAUAUUCAGUCAUAGAAGUGGUUCCUGCGGAUCUCCUGAGCACCUCUGACCCUGAACUGGAGUGUACAGAUGAGGAAUAUAGUGAAGAGAAAGCAAAGCACCCUGAGACAAAGAUGGAAUCCACUCAAGAGCCAUGUUAUAUCUCAACUGAUGAUGUAGCAGAAGUAGAAGAACAGUCUCAGGUGGAGGGCAAUUUGGCUUCAUCUGAGGAACCCUGUGAACGGGAGUUGACGAGAAAAUCAAACGGGGACGUAGUGGAUGAGUAUGCCGACAUUGCCGAAGAGUGCCAGGAUGAAGAUGAUCAGCAGCUGGAGUGUGUGUCAUCUGAGGAUUAUGUAGAGAUAGGCGAUGAAGAUGAGCCCGUGGACAUGACACGUAAAACUAAAGGGAAGAGCACAAAGGCGCGCUCAGCUAUUCGCAGACAAUGUGGCGUAAGCAAGAGAAACAGCUGCCAACCACGUCUUAGACUUUGUGAUAUUACAGUGCCCCCUGGUCUGGAUGUGGGCAGGACUCCUGAGCUAACAAACCGUUUAGUGUUUGCCCACACCACCGAGGCAUUCGAGGAGGACAUAGAAGACCUCGACUGCCACAUAGUGCCUUUUUUCGAGGACUCAGAAUCAGAUGGUGAUGAGCACAUUUAUGAGGAAGCAGGCUUUGACUCGGAAGGAGAAAAUUUUAUCACUCUGGACAGAAAGACUAUUGUGACUCGUUCACGGUCGCUCUCAGGGAAAGUACCUGGAUAUGUCCCUGAGACUGUUCCUGAGGAGACAGGCAAUGAAUCUCAGAAUCAUGACUACUACACUGUGUCCUUGGACCAAAAUGGGGAUCUCUUAAAAGUCUCGAAUAAUUCAGAGUCUAAUCGCAUAAUUCCUUCAAUAAACUCUAGACGUUUUCUGUUCUACCCACGAUCGUAUUCUGUGGAGGGCAGAGACAUGACUUUGUCUGCCUAUUUGGAUGGCAGCCAUUCACCCAGAGUGGACAACAGAGUGAAACGGACAGAUGACACUCUCUCCUUACCUUGUGUCAUCACCUCUUCUGGGAGUUUCUCUCAAAGAAGCCAUCAGUCCUCUAGUGGAGUGUCUACACCUACAUCUCUUGUUGACAUUCCACCACCCUUUGAGCUGGCUUACAUCACCAAAAGGCCUAUCACUAAAAGUUCCCCAUCUCUGCUUAUUCAACACGAGUCUAAUGACAAACCAAAUAAGAAGAAGACAUCAUUUAAGCGUUUCCUGGCUUUGAAGUUUAGGAGGAAAACUGACAAUAAGUCACUCGCUGAUGGCAGCGUACGCUCUUCCAGAUCAUCAUCUGAAUCAAGCCACCAUGGGCCUGUUCGAGUAAUAGAGCUGGAUCGAAGGAGUAAUGGCAGUUCCCCUCAGCUUCAGUCUCACAUCAUAAAACCACAACGCAACUCAGACUUUCCUGCUACCUUUUUGGUUUACAAAGACGGCCAGAAGAAGAAAGGUGUACCCAAGACUUAUGGCAGCAGGGGCAUCUCCAGAGUGGAAUCUUUUGAGGAGCGCUCUCGUCCUCCCUUUAUGCCACUCCCACUCACCAAACCUCGAUCCAUAUCCUUUCCAAGUGCUGAUACUUCUGACUACGAAAACAUUCCAGCCAUGAGCUCAGACUAUGAAAAUAUUCCGAUUCCUCAAGGUAGGCCCACUCGGGCCGUCACCAUCACAGAGUUCUUUGAGGAGCAAAAUCGGACAGCCACUGCGAAUGAGAACGAUGGUUAUGUCGACAUGAACAGCUUUGCAGGAAUAGAGAACAAAACUAACACACAAGAGCAAGAGACAGAGAGUGCAUACACAGAACCUUUCCCAGUGUGUCCUGCCCCAGCAUCGCAUUUCACAGAGGAAGACCAUGGACACACGUCUGAGGAGGAGGAAGGCUGUCCUGAUCAAAGCUAUGACAGACAGAUUGAUGGCAGAUCCAGAGCAUACUAUGUAGCCAAAGAGCUGCUGGAUUCGGAGAGAGAACAUGUAAAGACACUGAAACUACUUCAAGAGGAUUUCAGAUCAGCGGCGGAGGAGGCAGUAGGACAAGACGGCGGGUCCGUGGUGGAGGAGGGGACGUUGGAAGAGAUUCUCAACACCCUGCCUCAGGCCUACCAGCUCCACACACACAUCCUUACACAACUGGAUGCACGCAUACAGCAGUGGGAGGAGAGCCCGACGAUGGUGGACGUCUUUUUGGGGCACCGUGAGGAGUUUGGGAUUUUCGUGACCUACAUUGGUGGUUAUGACCGCAGCAUGGCUCUGCUGGAGGAGACCUGUAGACAGAGCAAAGGCUUUGCUGAUGUCGUCAAACACUUUGAGCAGCAGAAUUCAGAAGGUGUGCAGAUUCCUGUGAAACACCAGCUGCUGCAGGUCAUCGUGCGUGUACUGCAGUACCGCAUGCUUCUCACAGAUUACUUAAACAACCUCUCCCCUGACUCUAAAGAAUAUGAAGACACACAAGCUGCAUUGGUGAUUGUGUCAGACGUUGCAGACCAGGCCAACGACAAUUUAAAAGAAGGGGAGAACUUGCUUCGUCUGGUCCACAUCGAGUACAGCGUGAAGGGGAAGAGGAGUUUUCUGCAGCCGGGAAGAGUGUUUGUAAAAGAGGGCACACUCAUGAAGGUCUCCCAUAAGAGCCGACAGCCUCGACAUCUGUUCUUGAUGAAUGACAUAAUCCUGUACACCUACCCUCAGCAGGAUGGCAAAUACAGGAUGAAGAAUACACUUCCUCUCAGUGGGAUGAAGGUUAGUAAACCAGUCAUCGAUAACGUCCUCAACACACUAAGGAUUGAAGUUAAUGAUGUCACCAUCACCCUUUCAGCCAGCUCUGUAGGAGAGAGAGAGGACUGGUUCCACACUCUGAGUCGAGCUAUAGCCGACCACGCUGCAGGCCUCAAUACGUUCAGCUCUUCCAGCGAGGCGAGAGAGAAGCUGUGGAUGUCCCUUGGAGAAGCGGCUCCUGUCCUCGUGCCCAUCUCUCACGCCAUGAUGUGUAUGAACUGUGCGUCAGAUUUCAGUCUCACUCUGCGCAGGCACCAGUGCAACGCAUGUGGCAAGGUGGUGUGUCGCUCCUGCUCCAGGAACAGAUACCCGCUGAAGUAUCUGAAGGAUCGUAUGGCUAAAGUCUGCGACCGCUGCUACACUGAGCUCAAGAAACGAGGUGGGAACGUUCCGAUUCCAUGUGGCAGUGCUAGUCCACACACACAUCGUGCCAGUAGACCUCUGUCCGCUGUGUUUCAGAGCCUACAGCCUCCCAGUCUGUGGAAGAGCAGGAAGAGCAGCACAUCACCUCUUGCUCAGGUGUCGGUGGGUGCUGAAGGCUCCACUAUAAGUGGUAGUUUGCAGAGGCGGAAGAAGAGCAAGCGGAAAUGGAAGAGGCUGUGGUUCCUUCUCAAAGAUAAGGUGCUCUACACCUUCACAGCUCGAGAGGACAAGGUGGCAAGUGAGACUUUGCCUCUUCAGGGUUUCACAGUGAAGCUGUCUGAUCAAACUGAGGGUGAGGACACGGGUGGAGUCUUUCAGCUUUACCACAAAAAAACACUGUACUACACAUUCAGAGCAGAUGAUCAUCACACCGCACGAAGAUGGGUGAAUGCCAUGGAGGAAGCCACAGUAUUAUAGUAUUAACUGAAGCAGAAGAGGAAAGCGUGUGCUAAAACACACACAUCUCACUCCAACAUGAAGGAUUAUUUGCACCUUCCUUCCUUCCUUUCUUUUUUCUUUUUUUCUUUUUAAUGCAGACUUUUAAACAGAGUCAUUCCUACGUACCUGGAUUCGAUCACCGGAUAUACAAAGAUGGAGAAAAAAGUGUUACUCGACUCACCUUUGUUCACGUUCUCUCUGAAGAAAAAAGGAAUUGUAAAAUGUAAAUAGGUGGUAUAAAAUUAAGGAUUCUUUUACUGCAGGACAUUUUUCAUACGCCGGAUUUAUCCGCUUCAAUUUUUAAAGUUAAGCAAAAAUGACAGUAUAUAAGUUUAAAUCUCCGCUGUCUGAAUUUUUAUACGCAAUAAUAUGAUUGAUGUGCAUUGAUACAAGACUGUAUAUUGGCUGUAUAUUUCAUCAGGAGUUAUUACAUUGUAGACUGUAAUAUAAUUCGAUAGACAGGGCAUGUAAAUUGUGCCGUAGUUCAACUUUCAGCGUCGUUGUUUUUAAUUUACACAUCCGUGCUUAAUUUUUUGUGUAGUUUACAGACACCACAUAAAAAACACACACACAAUUUCAUACUCAAAAAAUGUUUGUUGAGCUUCUUUAGUUUUGCACUGGAGCUACGAUGUUAAUGCAGUUAAAUAUUAGAAGUCAGUCUUUUAUAUUUUUUAUUUACAUACAUGCCCAAAUCAACAUCAUUAAUCUAUAUAAUCUAAAUAUUGUAUAUUUUGUGUAGUAUUUACAAAAUGAGAAAUGAAAAAUACAUUUAAAUACAUUUAAAAAAUACAUAUAAUAGUAUAUAUUACUAUUACUAACUUUUUCUUUGCUAUAUGCCUCGUUUAAACUUUUGGGAGGCAGGGCUUAAGGAGCAGACUUACAACAUUAUGUCCUUAUUAUAAUUUUUAGGAGGCGGAGAGCUUAGUGAGCAGACUGACACCAGUAUGUCCUUAUUAUAAUUUUUUGGAGGCGGGGCUUAGGGAGUAGACUGACACCAAUAUGUCCUUCAGACUGACACCAAUACUGUAUGUCCUUAUUAUAAUUUUUAGUAGAUGGGGCUUAGGGAGCAGACUGACACCAAGAUGUCCUUGUUAUCAUUUUUUUUAAAUAGGCGGGGCUUAGGGAGAAGACUGACACUAAUAUCUCCUUAUUAUCAUUUUUAGAAGGCGGGGAUUAGGGAGCAGACUGACACCAAUAUGUCCUCAUUAUCAUUUUUAGGGAGCAGACUGAGGCCAACAAAACAACACUCAGCUACAUCUGGAUAUUUGUUGUUGUUGUUUAGAUUACAGACAGGCUUCCUUUAAGUCUCAGGUUGAUCUGAGGUGGAGCUCCAUUUCUGAACUAAAGAAGCAAACACGACACGCUAUAUACAAAAAAGGGAUGCUGACUGAUGACGAUGCUGAGUCUUUCCUACUACUGUACAUGAUCAAGUUUACUUCACUACAUUGCAAAAAAAUUGUGUGUGUGUGUGUGUGCACCACAGUGUCCGAGGUCAAUUAUUCAUCUUUUAUAUACAUUAUACAGUAUAUUAUACAUUUUUUCAUCUGCAUUCACGAUGCAUCUCUAGGAUGCACCCUGAACUCCCUUUCUGCCUGUUGUUUUCUUUUCAUUUCUACAACUGAAUUCUACAGUCACUUUUAGAAAGCUGAGCCUAAACCAGAAGUCAAGUUCUCUUUAAUCAGGCUGAUUAUUAAUAUCCUUACACGGUUAAUCCUUGCUGUUAUUUACAUGGACACCACGGUUACUGUACGUCCAUGUUUGAAUGUUUGGCCACUUCUCACUCACAGGUUUUGCAUUGUUUCUCUACACAGUAACCAGAGAUCAGGAACCGCAUCAUGAACCAUAUUCAAAUCAAUGAGGGCUAAUUUGUCCACAGGGGAUCACAGGCUCUCUGUGACAAAUGUCUCCGUUCCCAGGAAGUGAAAGAUGUAUGAUUGACCUGAAAAUUUUCUCUGUCUUACAGAUCAGUAGUUAUUUAUUUACUAAUCCCUGCAUGCUGAAUCAGAUUAGCAACAGUUCAAAUAUAUAGGAUUGUACAAGGCUAAGACUGAGAACACCGGUGAUAUACUUCUUUAAAUAUCUAUUGCUACACUGGUAUUUUUUUGUUUGUUGUUGCCACAACACAAACAUUAUUGACCGAAGUAAGGUUUAUUCUGCUGUAUGUGUUGAUGAUACACUGAUGUAUUGCGAAUGUUACUGUAAGCUUCGUCUAGGUGCUUUACACCAACUGAGCCUUUACAGCACACUAUAAUGAAGCCUGUUCUGCUUUCUUUUUCCCCCUGACAUCUCAAGCUCAAUUCUUUCUUUCAAAGGCAACGUUUCUAUGAUAUGUUACUGAACUUUGUAUCAGAUCUAGAGAUGCACAUUAUCUCAUUUUUUGAGGUUACAGUCCCACACUGUGUUACGUUAUGGUUAUAUACAUGACAAACUACAGAAUUUAGAGUAAUGUAAAUGAAAUGUACAUAAUUAUUAAAAAAAACAGUUUUUCUGUUGUUUGCACGGAAAGAUGAAGGAAGAAAAAGAAAGUUAUGCCAGUUAUCAAUAGUUUUAUCUGUCUUUUUUACAUGAGGGAAUAACAGUUUGGUUUUUAUUUUAUUGAUCAUUUACAAACUGACACUUUUUUGUACUUUAUUUUUAAGGUGAAACAGGUUUAUGGAUUUGGGAUACUAUUGUUCAAAUAAAUAUAGUAAAGAGA